AUGGAUGGGCAUUUAAAUGUAGGGAAGAGCGUCACUGCGCUUCUCGUUUUGGCAAUUGUCGAGCAGUGUGUAGGAAUCUCGGGAUGCAUACGACCACAUCAGUCGGCCUUCCUAGUGAAGCAGCAGUUCCCUAGAGCCGAGCAAUGCGGAUUACAGUCGGCAAGGUGUUCUCGUAUCGCAGAUCGGGUCGGAAGCACGGAUGUUGCCAACGACACUCCCUCAGACAAAAGUCUUAUCGACCAGGUCAAUUCGCCAGAAGACCUCAAAAAGGUACCUGCGGAGCACAUUCCACAGCUGUGCAAGGAACUAAGGGAAUGCUUCAUCAGGAAUGCCGAGCAAGUCGGUGGCCACUACUCCAGUUCCCUGGGGGUGGUCGAAUUGACCGUGGCAGUCCACAGGGUAUUCGACUCGCCAAAAGAUCGCAUCGUAUGGGACAUUGGUCAUCAGGGGUAUAUACACAAGAUGGUUACUGGUAGAAGGCAUAGCAUGCACACCAUCAGGCAAUCGGGAGGUAUAUCGGGGUUCCUGAGGAGGUACGAGAGCCCGCAUGACCUCUUCGGGGCGGGGCACUCUUCAACAUCCAUUGGUGCCUUGCAAGGUAUAUACGAGGGAGAUGUGAUUACCGGGCAACAUACAGAUAGGUCAUAUGUCUGUAUCAUCGGUGACGGCAGUCUGACUGGAGGGAUGGCAAUGGAGGCGCUGAACUACUCCUGUGCCAUCAGGUCGCCUCUCAUCAUCAUAUACAAUGACAACGGUCAAUCAUCGCUUCCCACUGGCAUGUCGGCAAAGAAUGGGACUGAUCCCAUAUUGCCGUACUUCAUGAUCGAAAAUACGCGGAAAGCUCCCGUCAGUGACACAGAGGUCAUUAAACAAUUCGACGAGCUGAGCCUCGACGAGAGCGAAACACCUAUGUUUUUGGACCCCGUAGAUGGCCACAAUGUCGAGCAUCUCAGCAAUGUUCUUUCCCAUCUUAAGGGUCAGCUGAGUGCUCAUAGCAACUGGAGUCUAAAACGACCCAUCGUGUUGCAUAUAAAAACAGUUAAGGGGAUGGGAUCAGAAAAGGCGCUAAAGGCGCCGGAUCGGAUGCACGCAAUAAAGGCAAUGGCUAAACAAAACGCAAGCUCCGCUGUGUCAGCGCCAUCAAAGACUUUCUCAGAAGUAUUUGCCGAUACCCUGAUAGAGCUAGCAGACCGCGACGACUCUGUGGUGGCCAUAACUGCUGCAAUGCCUGGCGCGACCGGAGUGGGUAAACUGGGUAUGAAACACCCAAACAGGACGUUUGACGUUGGCAUUGCAGAACAACAUGCAGUGACGUUUGCCGCAGGGAUGGCGGUAAGCGGUGCAAAACCAUUUUGUUGCCUGUAUUCUACUUUCAUGCAAAGGGCACUGGAUCAGAUAAUACACGACGUCGCAUUGCAAAAUCUGCCAGUGAGGUUUGUCGUUGAUAGAGCGGGAUACGUGGGAGAGGACGGUGCGUCACACCACGGUAACUACGAUGUCAACUACCUGCGCCUAAUGCACAACAUGCUUAUUAUGGCUCCAAGUAACGGUGUCGAAUUAAAGAUGAUGGCAAAUAUAGCAUACAACACCGGUGAUCAGCCCUGUGCCAUCAGGUACCCAAAGGCUGCAGUGGCAUCGCAGGAGGAACUGGACAAAUAUUUCAAGUAUACACCAGACGAAAUCGCAAACCCAACGUCAAUGGUGGAAGGAGAAAGGCUGUUUAAAGCGCGAUGCGUGCGGUUAGGAAAUAUGGGCGUCGCUGUCCUGGCAUUCGGGCCUAUCGUUUUAGACGUCAUGAAGGCCGUUGACAAAAUCAAACUUGACGCCACGGUUGUUGAUAUGAGAUUCCUAAAUCCCAUGGACACAACAACGAUAGACGAAAUCCUACAAACCCAUCAUACUGUGAUUACGGCCGAAGACGGCGUCGCUGGAGGCUUCGGUUCGGCGGUACUGGAGUACCUUGCAACGAGGCCGGAGAGAGUGGAUGUGAAAUGCAUCACCUACCCUAAACAACACGCUCACCAUGGCAGUAUAAACGACCAGAAACGUUUUGCUGAGAUCGACGAGGACGGAAUCGCGCGUCAAAUAAGGGAGUUCAUUUCGGCGUGA